GGGCGGAGCGAGGCGGCGGCGGCGGCGGCGGAUGGCGGCUUAUCAUCCUGGGACUCGGAGGUGCUGAAAGUGGGACGCGGGUCCGGCGCGUCCGGAGGAAGGAGGACCGCGGUGGCCGCUCCCAACAUGCACAGCCUGGCGACGGCAGCGCCUGUGCCUACUGCACUGGCUCAAGUGGACAGAGAAAAGAUCUACCAGUGGAUCAACGAGCUGUCCAGUCCUGAGACAAGGGAAAAUGCUUUACUGGAGCUAAGCAAGAAGCGAGAAUCUGUCCCUGACCUUGCACCCAUGCUGUGGCAUUCAUUUGGUACUAUUGCAGCACUUUUACAGGAAAUAGUAAAUAUCUAUCCAUCUAUCAACCCACCCACCUUGACAGCACACCAGUCUAACAGAGUUUGCAAUGCUCUGGCAUUAUUGCAGUGUGUGGCUUCACACCCAGAAACCAGGUCAGCUUUUCUUGCAGCACACAUCCCACUUUUUUUGUACCCCUUUUUGCACACAGUCAGCAAAACACGUCCUUUUGAAUAUCUUCGGCUUACUAGUCUUGGUGUUAUUGGGGCCUUGGUGAAAACAGAUGAGCAAGAAGUGAUCAACUUUUUAUUGACAACAGAAAUUAUCCCUUUGUGUUUGCGUAUUAUGGAAUCUGGAAGUGAACUUUCCAAAACAGUUGCCACAUUCAUCCUUCAGAAGAUCCUCUUAGAUGACACUGGUUUGGCCUACAUAUGUCAGACAUAUGAGCGUUUUUCCCAUGUUGCUAUGAUCUUGGGUAAAAUGGUCCUGCAGCUAUCCAAAGAACCCUCUGCUCGUCUGCUGAAGCAUGUAGUAAGAUGUUAUCUUCGGCUCUCAGAUAAUCCCAGUAGGGCGCGUGAAGCACUCAGGCAGUGCCUCCCUGACCAGCUGAAGGAUACAACCUUUGCCCAGGUGCUAAAAGAUGACACCACCACAAAACGCUGGCUUGCACAACUGGUGAAGAACCUGCAAGAGGGCCAGGUCACCGAUCCCCGGGGUAUCCCUCUGCCCCCUCAGUGAUCUUCCCUUGUCCCCUCCCACUACUCCCCCAAGUUGGGGACAGGAGGUGGCACCUACAAGGAAAACAGCUCAGGUUUUAUUGCCGACCAGGAAUAGACAACCUCAUUGUUGAACCGCACUGGAGAGAAGGGGCAAAGUACCCCUGCUGAGAUGUGUGGGCUGCCAUCAGGCUGCCCUGUGGACCUGGGCUUCCUCUGCUGCUCCCAGGAAAUGGGCUCCUGACACAGCAGUCUACCACCACAGCCCCAGGAGGGCUCAACACCAGCAAAUGCUGUAUCUGCAGCAUGUCCAAGAUGACCCUGCUCCCCUACCUCGACUAGCCACUGGCAGAGAGGGGAGACGGUGGUGAUAGCUACACUCUAGGCAUGAUGAACGCCCGGGACCAAGCCAUGUGGCUUUUUUUUUUUUUUUUUACUUUGCCUUCCUGGAAGACUCAAGAUGUGUCUUUUAAUUCUCUCUCUCAGUAUUUGUUUACUUUGGUUUUUUGGUUUUAAUCUCAGAGAGAGGUGUGUUUAAUGGACACAAGCUGUAGUUUUCAGCAAAACUUUGUCAAUUGGCAUUGUUUACAAGUCUGUUAGCUGCAUAAGCUCAAUAAAAUGUUGGUUUGGGCAUUACA